AUAUAAAUUAUCUGCCACGCAAGGUUCCAAAGAGAAGCCUAGUGUUCGCACAUUGGAUCAACUGUAGCGAAGACCUACUACGGUGACUCGAAACUUUGAUGACAAUUUCCAUAUCUUUGCUAACAAGCUUGGCUGUUAAAAUUGGCUUUUGUUUCGAGCACUUUGGACAGUCAAAAAAGUAGUCACGCGUAAACACUUUUCUUUGAGCUGAUCUUCGGGUCCCAUUCCAUUUCUCUCCGCACAGUUCAUCAACUCAACUGCUCGGUGCCACCAUGCUUUCUUCACGGAUAUUGGCAAGGACUUUUGCUGGUGCCAUUGGUCGGCCAUUGCAAUUGUCCAGCUCAAGGAUUGCUUGUGUGCGCUUCAUGUCUACGGAGACUGGUGCACCUGUCCAGGAACAGCCCAUCAAUGGCUACAGCUCACUUAAUGGAUUUCAACUCAAGCCUGCAUCACCCUCUUACUUUACUACGAAUCCUGUCUACAAUGAGUUGAUUGUCAACCUUGAUUAUACAUACCGUCAGUAUCGUCCCAUCACUAAGCCAUCCAAGCAGGCUCAGCGCCCCAACUGGCUUGGCAAGGAUGCACUAAGAGCAGCAGUCGGUGUAGAGACUCUCAAGACAUCGCAGUACCGACUCAUUAUUUCUAAAUUGAAUCAGCUCGCCACGUUAACUCCCCGUCCUCCAGAAGUCGAAGCCUACUUCAGCCAAUUCUCAAAGACGGAGGAACAGAUGACUCAAAAGGCCAAACCUAGGAUCGUUGACCAUCUUGGACGUGCUUUAGCUACAGGUCGCAGAAAGGAGGCCAGUGCCAGUGUCUUUGUCGUUGAAGGAGAAGGCAAGGUUCUGAUCAAUGGACAAGAUGUUGCUCACUACUUUAGGAAGUCGCAGGAUCGGGACUCAUUGCUGAAGCCUUUUGAGGUUACAAAUUUGCUUGGAAAAUACAAUGUCUGGGCCUUGGUCAAAGGAGGGGGCACAACAGGUCAAGCAGAGGCCAUCUCUCUUGGAAUCGCCAAAGCAUUGUUAACACAUUCACCAGAGCUUAAGCCAACUCUUAGGAAAGCUGGUUGCAUCACACGUGAUAUGCGUGUUGUGGAACGUAAGAAGCCUGGUCAGUAUGGUGCGAGGAAAAAGUUCCAAUGGGUCAAGCGUUAAGCGUGUGUACAGAUUUUUUAAGGAUCUUGUAUGCAUAGUAGUAUUUGUUGUGGUAGAGAAUAAAAAAAAUCCGAGUGCUGCGCUUGCACAACUGCGUGCCUAUUGUUGUAUGCCUUCCUCUAUCUGAGCAAAAGGAAAGGAGGGCCCAUCUUACUUUCCUUAAUCAGGC